AGUUGUAGUUUUAUUAUUAUUUGUGAGAAAUGAGUUCCACAAAUGUGGCCCUCGGUUAAGAUGGAGUUUCCUCCUGUAAUGUACAGUAAAGCAGAAUAUAUUGAAACAGCUUCUGGAAAUAAAGUCAGUCGCCAAUCAGUUUUAUGUGGAAGUCAAAAUAUUGUAUUAAACGGAAAGACUAUUAUAAUGUCUGAAUGCAUUGUUCGUGGAGAUUUGGCUAAUGUUAGGAUUGGACGACACUGUGUUAUUAGUCAACGCUCUGUCAUUAGACCUCCAUUUAAACGUUUUAGUAAAGGUGGUGCGUUUUUUCCUCUACAUAUUGGUGAUCAUGUUUUCAUAGAUGAGGAUUCCAUUAUCAAUGCUGCUCAGAUUGGUUCCUUUGUUUAUAUUGGAAAGAAUUGUAUUAUUGGACGCAGGUGUAUUUUAAAAGAUUGCUGUGCAAUUGCUGACAACACUGUUCUACCACCAGAUACUGUAGUUCCACCAUUUACAAUAAUGGCUGGUUCACCAGCGCAAUCAGUAGGUGAACUACCAGAAUGCACGCAAGAAAAUCUUACGGAGCUUACUAAGUGUUACUUUCAAAACUUUAUUCCAGAUCCUGCUAGUGUUAAAGCUACCCCAAUAAAAAAAUGAUAUACUAAAUAUUUUAUUUUAUUAAAAUUUUUUAGUCAUUUUUUAAAA